AUGAGUCUUUGCGAGCACUGCGUUUCGGGCGUUCGCCAUGAAGGAACCCCUGAGGGUCAAUUUGAAGAUGUUGCUGGCAUCAACACAUACAUCGCCACUCCCACUGUCGAUUAUCCCAAAGACAAGGCAGUCUUAUUCAUCACCGACAUCUUUGGUCCUCAGCUCAUCAACGCCCAGCUCCUCGCUGAUGAUUACGCUCGGAACGGCUUUAAAGUCUACGUGCCAGACAUAUUCAGCAACGAUUCUGCGCCUGCAGACGCCCUUGACCCGGGAUCCCGAUGGGACUUCAUGGCAUGGCUGGGAAAGCACGGCCCUUCGGACGCUGCACGGCCAAUCCUUGACAAGGUCAUCGCGGCUUUAAAGGCGGGUGGUGUCGAGAAGAUCGGCACGUUGGGCUUCUGCUACGGAGCGCGACUUGGCUUCGAUCUCGCAUUUGAGAACGUUACCCAAGUCACUGUAGCGUCGCACCCCAGUCUGCUUCAGGUUCCUGCUGAUCUCGAGAAAUACCUUACGGCAUCGAAGGCUCCGCUCCUGAUCAAUACCUGCGAGGUCGACCAGAUGUUCCCUCCGGAUUCUCAGGCCAAAGCCGAUGCGAUCCUUGGAGACGGCAAGUUCGCUCCGGGAUACCAGAGGACAUACUGGGAGGGAUGUGUCCACGGCUUCACAGUCCGUGGUGAUACCAGCAACCCGAAGGUAAAGGCGGGACGAGAGGGCGCAUUCAAGGCCAGUGUCGAAUUCCUCAUUAAGCACCUGUAG